AUGAGUAAUCCGCAUUUCACCCAUGGCGAUAGGGCCUUCCUUCAAGCCAUUAUGGCUCGAGGAUCAAUUACUUUCGAAGAAGCUCGACCUAUCCUUGCUGCAAUUUUCAACGCUGGUCGCAAUCAAGCCGAGGAUGACGACGAAAUACGGAGGGACCAAAUCACCGAGGAACAUUUUCAUGAGGCUAUAGACAAAGCUUCCGAAGCAGCGUCGCUAUUCGACUACGAAAUCCGCACCACUUCUCAUCAAGUAACAAAGAGACGAAUAUGGGCUCUGGUCAACACCACUUCCGAUCCACAAACACAGCUUGCCACUUCCUACAACCCCGAAGAGCUUGCAUUCAUCAAGAGAGUACUAGACGCCAUGUUCGAAAAAUUCAACACACCACGUAUGGAAGUCAUGGCCAUUACGGAGAUGCAGGCUAUUAAACUGGCCCGACCGAACCGACGGGAAAGUCAGAUUGAUAUGGAUACACAGACACAGACACAGACAGCUGCAGACAAAGGUCUAAAGCAUAGUGAAGUUGAAACUGUGCUCGCGAGUCUGGUCGAGGGAGGUUGGUUUGAGAAGAGUCAAGAAGGGUUUUAUACACUGUCACCAAGAGCGCUGCUCGAAUUACGACCCUGGCUGGUGGAAACGUACAACGACCCCGACCUUGGCCCGCGGGACUGGCAGCGCAUCAGAUUUUGCGAAGCGUGUAAGGAUACAGUCACGAUGGGCUUGAGAUGCUCCGAGAUAGACUGCAACUUUCGACUGCACGAGAUCUGCGAAGAGGCUUUCUGGCGAACUAGAAGAGACAGGAAAUGCCCACGAUGCGCUACCGAGUGGACAGGCAACAAGUACACAGGUGAAAGGGCAGUAACAUCAACCGACGCCUUCCAACGGGGACGACGCAAGAAUGGCGGAGGUUGGCGACGAAGCACACUUGCUGACGAGGUUAUUCGAGACGAGGGAGGUGCAGACGAGGCAGAAGACGAGGAAGAGAAUCGUUACGACGCCGAUUGA